AUGCCAGCUCCGGCCGAACAAGCACCCCUUGCGCCGCCCACCCCGUUGAACGUGAAACAACUGAACCGCAUUCAGAAAAGACGCAUUGCCCGAGAGAAGCUCCAAGCGCAUCUUGCACUGAAACGAGAAAACGCCAAGCUAUACGGCGAAUCGCCGCCCUACUCCAGCCGUCCACAGCAAAUACAAGGAUGCAUGCGACGGCCCAGAGGCCCCAACGGGCGUUUUCUGACACCUGAGGAAUGCAUCCUCAUCCAAACCAUGAACACCCUGGCCCUCCAAAAUUCCAAACCACCAUCACCACCACCGCUUUUCACAGCAAAAGCAAAGCUUUGA